CUAAACUCCAAACCACGACCAUUGAGGACGUGGUCAAGCUCAAGUCUGCACUGAUGCUCAGAGUUUAUAUGCACCUGUUGAAGAAUUCUGACUAGAGGGGCUUCACUGUUCGACUGUUCACCAAAUAGCAAGUCAUUGUCACCCAGCCUCCUCAACCGGCGGGCCGGACGACCACCAGUGUUUCGGGGGAAACUGUGCGGUCGUAUGAUCACUCAUAAUUGCCUGCUCGUACAGGACAAGCAGUGAGCGACACGGUGACUCCGACGACUACUGAGGCGCAUCCAGGCUGGCAGGCACCAUGUCUGAACCUACUCAGCAUCCUACACCAGCUGCUCCCGGAACUCCGGAGUACCUUGCAUCAAUAAUUUCAAAUAUACAUGCUGCAUACCCAACGUUACCUGUUGACCCGGUUGUUCUGCAAUCUCUUCUGCUCGGCCUCAUCGCCCGCGUCCAGAAGCCUUUGGCCUCAUCCGUGGACGCUGCUGUACAAACCACGGGACUCGUAAGCAUACCUGCUUCCGAUCAAUGUAUCAAGUACCCAAGUACAUGUGCAAAUAUUGUCUUACGGACAAGAGAGGAAGAUGUUGCAGUCUUACUGCACAUCGUUAGUCUGACGCUUACGUCUGUGUUCGGUCUGUCGACGCACAAGUACAAGGUCGCUUCCAAGGCAGAUUCCUCUCGCACUCACGGAGGCCAUUCUCGUCAACCAUCUCACGACGUCUCCUCAUCACCAGACGCGUUCCUCCGUAGCCUGUUCUUUCGUCGACCAGUGUCUACAGAAUCCAAACGGCUCAGUACCGACUUGACUCCUCGCCUGGGCACUCGUCCCCUCAGGUCCUCAGUACAUGCUCAUCGCCGUUCUUCCUCUCAGACACCACGCCCGUCACCACUGCGGCUCUCGAGAUCCAUCGACACAUCAUACACCGAGGAGAAUCUGGAUUACUUCGUCGAUAACAUGUCUAUGGCAUCCUCAAGACGACCCCUCCUCAUGGCGUCUACGACUACACCGACUUCCACGCUGCGAUCUCGUCGCGCAGUCCCACGUGCAGAACCUCUUCCUCUCGGUUUAUCUUUGACUGGGUUGACAUCGCCCGAAGAGCUCGGCUCGCCAUCUACAUCUUUUGGCAGUGGAAGGGGUGGACUAGAUUCCAGGGUCGCAUCCGGCGGGAUGGAGGAGCACGACGUACGCCCCUCUCUCCUGCUGUCGAAAGCUGUUGUCGUCUCCGGUCUAGAGCACGCCGGAUUGCAGGCGCAAAGGGCGCUGAGUCAAGUGCUUGCUCAGAGGAAACUCGCGCUAGAUGAAGACGGGAGUACAUGGAACCUGCCUGACGAUUUUCUGAUGGUCUACGUAUGCAAGACAGACCCGUUCGAGCGCCCACCGCUUCUCAGAGGACUUCUCGACAAGUUUGCGAUCAGUGCGGACAUCACGAUAACACCUUCCGCACGGCAAGCAUACGCAGCAUACCGCGGAACACCUCUCUCGACCCCACAUGGGUCUCCGUACCCUGCCGUUCAAUCUCUCCCCUCUCACAUUGAUAAUAUGCCCGCAGCACUACUGCGGACUCCUACUUCCCGCUCUGCGCCUCUACCGUCUGUUCUGUCCCCAUCUCAGUCCCAUCACUCUACGGCUGCUCCCGUCGUGUCCGCGGCCGAUCUCGCAAUGCUACGUGCACUUGCCUGUCCCAUGCUUUCGGCCGAAGUUCCCUCCUACACGAGCAUCCGUCCCUCAUUGUCUGCGUACAUCCGUGACCUCUUCGCAGCUACGCGGCACCACCCAGUUCUCGACGGCACGUCGGUGACACACCAGGCUUACUCAGAUGCAGAGGCACUUGCGCGUGCCUUCCGCGUCCUCGCCGGUGACUCUCUCGGUACCGAGCUCGUACAAGUCGCCGUGGAGUUGGAGCAGGAGAGUUCUGCCACCGAACGCAGCGGGAGCACGAAUGCGGAGAGCGCUGAAGGAGCCGGCGCAUGGGAGAAGGAAGUCAUGGGGAUGGACUGGGCUGCACCGCAAGGCGUCCCACGGCCGAGUUUCGAACGACAUGUUGACGAGGCCACCCCGCUGAAUGCCGACCUCUCGUACGCAUCGGAUGACGGCCAGCCGGCCAUGACCCCAACUCUCGGCGCACCGACUCCCGCACCGACCAAGCCGCCGGAGGUUUGGGACGUCUCCGAGGUCGACAUCGCGAGGAUCUUCCCCCGGGUGGUCUCGCAUCGGCUUCGCGUGCGCGACGGCCCCGACCAUGAAAUACUGGGCAGCGUGAUGUAUCCGGCAGUGGACACCCCGCGAGUUUCCAAUGCUAAGCAACCCGAAGAGGAGCCGGCUUGGGAGCGGAGAACAGUCAAGGACGUCCUUGUGGAGAUCCUUGCUGACGUUUGACGCAUCAGAACUCGAUAAUCCCGCACAUAGGGACCAACUGCCCCACACACGGUGUGUGUUUGCAUCCGGUGCCUAGCCAUUCAUACUGCGGGUGCUGUACGCAGAUAUGCAGCAGAGAUCGCGGUACCUCGAUCGGACCAACUGGAACUGGGCUAAUGCACGACCGACUAGGGCCGAGCUAUCGAUGCCCAGAUAGUGCAGAACACAAUCACCUUACCCAAGUUACCAGAUAUCCCCUUGGCUUCGCCCGCAGCUCACACCUACUCUAUACGCCCUCUUACAUAGUCCAUUGAUGAC